CGGCACAGCAGGCAGUCAGCACUCAGCACUCAGCAUUCAGCGUUCAGCAAGCAGCUGGAGAUCAGUGUGAUCACUGUGCUUCAUGCCCAUCUCCCUGUGGCACCAUGCGAGAUCAGUCGGCGUGUUUACAUCCUGAAGGAGCUCAGGAAGCUCAGUGACUCAACACAGCUACCACACACACACACACACACACACACUCACACACACUUUCACCAUGAGCAGAAGAACUCGUCUGUGGAUAUUCCGAAUUCUGCUGUGUGUGGGAAUCAUCUACCUGAAGAUUGGGGGCUUCUCCUCGGUCAUAGCUCUGGGAGCGAGCAUCAUCUGCAACAAGAUCCCCGGCCUGGCCCCCCGGCAGAGGAUCAUCUGCCAGAGCCGCCCUGAUGCCAUCAUCGUGAUCGGAGAGGGGGCACAGAUGGGCAUCAACGAGUGCCAGUUCCAGUUUAAGCAUGGGCGCUGGAACUGCUCCGCACUGGGAGAAAGAACCGUGUUUGGGAAGGAGCUGAAAGUGGGAAGUAAAGAGGCAGCCUUCACCUACGCCAUCAUCGCAGCAGGGGUGGCUCACGCCAUCACGGCGGCGUGUACGCAGGGCAACCUGAGCGAGUGCAGCUGUGAUAAGGAGAAACAGGGUUUUCACGGCCGGGGGGACGGCUGGAAGUGGGGGGGCUGCUCCGCCGACAUCCGCUACGGCCUUGGCUUCUCCAAAGUGUUCGUGGACGCUCGAGAAAUCAAGCAGAGCGCCAGGACACUCAUGAACCUCCACAACAACGAAGUGGGACGAAAGGUUCUGGAGAGGAACAUGCGUCUGGAGUGUAAGUGCCACGGCGUUUCCGGCUCGUGCACCACCAAAACCUGCUGGACGACGUUACCCAAGUUCCGCGAGCUCGGCUACCUCCUCAAAGAGAAGUACUCUCAGGCGGUGCACGUGGAGCCGGUGAAGGCCAGCCGCAACAAGCGUCCAACCUUCCUGAAGAUCAAGAAACCCUUCUCCUACCGCAAGCCCAUGGACACGGACCUGGUCUACAUCGAGAAGUCGCCCAGCUACUGCGAGCCGGACCCCAUCACGGGCAGCGUGGGCACCCACGGCCGAGUCUGCAACAAGACCCUGACCCACCACGCCGGCGGCUGCGACCUGAUGUGCUGCGGCCGAGGCUACAACACGCACCAGUACUCGCGGGUGUGGCAGUGCAACUGCAAGUUCCUGUGGUGCUGCUACGUCAAAUGCAACACCUGCAGCGAGCGGACAGAGGUGUAUACCUGUAAAUGAGGGUUAUUGCUGGGAUUGGCCGCCUCGGCGUGCGGCGGUUCAGUGAGUUCGUUCCAGGAUGCAGCGUUCCAGGACCUGAAUUGAGAUGUAAUUGCUGUUGUCUUUUUUGCACAGUGCCUCCUUAUGGGAUGUAACCAUGAGCGUCAAGUGCUAUACACUGGAGAAAGUGUCCAGCAGACCUGAGAAUGAUUAGAAAACGAAACAAAAAUAUCUUCAGUAGUCCUGAGCUUUUGCUGGACUCCUACGCUCGACACCGUCAGUGCAGUCUUGUUUUACAAUGGAGGACAAAGUGUCCAGACUCUAUGACUGACUAUGAAUACACUACUAAAAUACACAAAUUUUGGACUUAUUGCACUUGCUGGACCUCAGAGAUUUGGUGCUGUACACUGGGAACACAUCUAUCAGAUGUUAAAAAUGGCUAUCGAAUGGGAAACAAGCAGUAAAAGUGCUUUACAUCAAUGAGCGUUGGAUCUACCAGACUUGAAAAGGACUACGCAAUGGAGAAAAUCAACGACAAUGGUUCUGGAUCCACUGGAUUCAAUAGUGUUAAGGCUUUACAUUGUUGUAGAAUGGGACAAAGCAGUGACAAACCACUCAAUGUGGUCAAUGCUUUACAUUGGAGAAGGCCUUAGAUUGCUUUAAAACAGUCAAAGUGGCCUUUUUGGACCUGCUGGACUCAAUGAGGCAACUAGUGACUCUAGACUUUACACAGACUCUAGAAUGAGGGAAAAAAACACAAAUAAAAUGACAUUUCUGGAUCUGCUGGCCUCAAUAAUGUUGGUGUUUUACGCUGGCAAAAGCAUCUAGCCGUCAUUAAAAGGACUAAGCAAUAGAGAAAAGCAAUGACAAUGGUUCUAUACCUGCUGGAUUCAGUAGUGUUAUGGCUUUACAUUGGGAAAAAGCAUUUAGUUGACUUUUAACUGACUGUAGAAUGGGACAAAACAAUUAAAAUUAAAUUUUUGGACCUGCUGGACUCAAUAAGGUCUUUACUUUACACUGGAGAAAGCAUCUAGCAGACUUAAAAUGGACUAUGCAUUGGAGAAUAUCAAUCACAGUGGUUCUGGACCUGCUGGAUUAAAUAAUGUUAAGGCUUUACAUUGGGAAAAGGCAUUUAGUUGACUUAAAACUGACAUUAGAUUGGGUCGAAACAGUUAAAAUGACAUUUCUGAACCUGCUAGACUCAAUAAGGUCUGUGUUUUACAUUAGAAAUAGCAUCUUCUAGACUUGAAAAGCACUAUGCAUUGGAGAAAAUCAAUGAUAGUGGUUCUGGACCUGCUGGAUUCAGUAAUGUUUAGGCUUUCCAUUGGAAAAAAAAGCAUUUAGUGGAGGAAACAAGUAACAGUAAAGGUGCUUUACAUUGAUGAACAUUGGAUUUACCAGACUUGAAAAGGACUAUGCAAUGGAGGAAAUCCAGUGUUAAGGCUUUUCAUUGAAAAAAGCAUUGAGUUGACUUUAAACUGACUGUAGAAUUGUACAAAACAGUGGAAGUGGCCUUUGUGGAUCUACUGGACUCAAUGAGGCAUUUGCAGACUUUUAAUUGACUCUAAACUGUGAAAAACAGCUAAAAUAACAUUUCUGGACUUGCUGGACUCAAUAAUGUCUGUGUUUUACACUGAUGAAAGCAUCUAGCAGACUUUAAAAUGACUAUGCAAUGGAGAAAAACGCAAAGGCAAUGGUUUUGGACUUGCUUGACUUUGGACAAAGCAGUGAACGUAGCCCUACUAGAUCUGCUGGACUGAAUGAGGCAUCUUGUGGACUUUAAACUGACUGUAAAUGGAACGAACCAUUGAAAUUGGCCUUUCUAGACCUGCUGAACACUAUGCAACAGUGGCUUUGGACCAUGCAUUGGUUGAUCUAUCAAGUAGAGUUUGAACUGACAGCAGAAUGGGACAAAACAGUGGAAGUGGGCUUUUUAGACGUGCUGUACUCUAAUGGGAAGGUAUGUAGCAGAAUUUUAAAUGACUUAAAACAAUGGAAUAAAACAUAUCAAUGGACCUCUGGAACUUGUGGAUUAAGAAAACUGGAUCUUCUUCUUCUUUUUGGAGAAACCUGGACUUUCUUCUUGGAAAGACACCAGAAAAAAAAAUCCAGCAGAGUACGCAACUGAAGCAAUAGGGACUUUUUAUUACAAUGGAGAGUACAACCAUGGACCACCAUCUGCUGGACAUUACUGGGUAGAUUCUGUUGGCCAGUACUGGUCCAGUAGACUUGAAAGUGUCUAUAUAAUGGAUAAAACCUAUGACAUUUGCUCUGAAAUUGCCAGACACAAUGUUGUCCAUUCCUUCUAAAGUCCAAUCCAUCCUGGAUCCAGCGCUCUUCACGUCUUCAUCAGGCUCUGCUGACCUUAUUAGGCCCGCGGCGUCGGCGCAGCUCGGGCGAGUCUGGAGCUGUCUGAAAUGUGUCUAAGCUACUAGACUUUUCUCCACCCUGGAUCGAUGUUAGACUGAUAAUGAUAGGUGUGUGCACCUUGACUUUGUGGGACAUUACACGAUAAGCCUCCCUGGACGGGGACGCUGACGUUUCAUUUAAAGGACGACUUUUAUUUAUUUAUUAAUUAAGCAAGCUACUGUCGUUUGUCACGCCUUUGAUGGCUUACUGUACGAAAUACUGUAGUGAGUGGAGCCUUGCAUGUCUUCAAACGUUGACAGUACGUAGAUUCACACUGGAACCUGAAAAAAAAGCUUACUGAGAUACAGUAUAGUGUAUUCCAGAAAUACAGAGGUGGCCUGUUGUAGCAUUGCAUGUCUACACUCUUUAAAAUAAAGUAAAAUAAAGAUGCUACAAAAGUGUCUGAGAGCGAUGCCAACUAAGAACCACUUUUAGAACCAGUAAAAACCAAUCAAGAGACUUAUGAAAGUCUUUUAACAUAUGAAAUAGUGCCUGAAAUAGUCCUUCAGAACUUUUAAAAGAUGUAAUGUACCAUAUUUUUCAGACUAUAAGGCGCACUGGAUUAAGCGACACUAGUAAGGAUGCUACAUCGAGUGUCGCCAUGUUUCCCUCCUAAUUUGGAAGCUGGGGGAAGCGCCUAAGCAAACAAAACUGUAAUUCUUAAAAAAACAAAACAUUUUCUUUUAAAGUCAAACGAGUGCUGGAUGUUAAUCUACACAGAUUUUUCUGCUAAAAACUGUUUAUUUGUGUGAGUAAUGCGCUUCUGUUUGUCUACAGUAAGCUACGAUUUCCAAUAUUUUGUGAGUUUUAAGGGUGAGUUUUCUUUUAGUAAAGUUUCUCCAUCACUAUAAGGCUGGGUGCAGCAGCAUUAGCAUUAGCUGCUAACUGUGCUUUCAGCUAGCGGUUCGUCUCACGUAGCUUGUUUUAAUACUGUAAACCAGCAGAUACAAUCUAAUAUGCUCACCUCUGAACGGCAAGAGAGCUAGCGCUGUGGUUAGCGACUAAUGUUAAUGCUGCUGCACCUAGCCUUAGUGCUGGAGAAACUUCACUAAAAGAAAACUCACCGUUAUAACGCUGUACUUCAGCAGAGUAGCUUUACUGCUCCUUAAUACCCGACUGGUAGAAUUCAUACACCGUCGAUUUUUGGGAAAAUUAAAGGAUUUGAAGUGCGCCUUAUAGUCUGAAAAACAAGGUAUUUGUUUGGCCAUGUAGUGUUGCAACCAACAAGGAUCACAAAGUAAAGGGAUUGGGAUUUAAUUCAUGGUCCAGAUUAGUAGAUAUCUGCAGUAGAAGAACCAUUUUUGGUGCAUAAAAGUUUGUAAACCCUUUAGAAAUUUAAUUAUUUCUGCUUAAAAAUGAGCUAAAAACUUUAAUAAAAUUUAAUUCAUCCAAGUUCUAAAAGUACAUAUAUAUAUAACCAAAUGAAACAAAUGUUAGACACAAAUUAGACUGGCUUAAGGAAAAUUAUUCAAUAUUACAUAUCUGUAAUAGGUAAAAAAAAUACAUGAUUUUUUUCAGUAUUUUGUGUUCUCUUUUAAGUAAUCAAUAAUUAUUGAUUAGUUCUGCCCAUCCUCCACUGAACUGCUGCUUUAGCCCCUCCCACAACAUUUCUAUUGGAUAAAGGUCAAGACUUUGACUCAGCCUCAUUCCAAAACAUUAAAUUUAUACUUUUUUAACCACUCAGAUAACAAAAAUUACCAAUGCAAUUUCUUGGCUUGGCUUAGGUUUGUAUCUAGGCCCAAUUCUGGCCCAAUUGCUUGGUUUACAUUUAAGCUAAGUUCUUCAUGUGCCAACAACACGGUUGCCAAGUAUUAACCACAGUCGGGUCAAUUCUGAAUGGCUGAUUCUGGGCAGAUUCUUUAUGCUAUCUGCUCAUUCAUUGGUAGAACCACUUCUUUGCUUAGGGUCAUUGUCUUGCUGCAUGACCCACGUUCUCUUGAGCUUCAGCUCACAGACAAAUUUACUUUUUACCAACAAUUUACUAAUUUACUGUUCCAACAGUGUUUUUUUGUUGGCCCAGAUGCAGCAAAACAGCCCCAAACUAUGAUACUACCACCACCAUGUGUCACAGAUUAGACAGGGCCCAUCCUCUAAACCCUGUUUAUCAUCCCACUGAUUUAAAAAACACCUUUUUCAAAAUCGUUUAAAAAGUUUAAUGUACUUUUGGCACUUACUUGUGUUAUAUUGGGUCAUUUCCUUAGUAACUAAAUUAAAAAAAGUAUAAUAUUUUUGGUGUAAUUUGUUUGUUUUAAUUGGUUCUUCUUACCUAUGUUUUUUUUAACAUUUUAAAGCAAAUUCAUGCAGAAAUAUUUAUAUUUUUAUAGGUUUUACAAACUUUCAAGCAUCACUAAAGAUCUCCACCAUGAUAAAAUGGUUCUUUAUGAGACCAAAAAUGGCAACAAAUGGUAAUUCUAUGGUAGAGGUCUUCAAAUCUGGACCAUGAAUCCAGUGUCCAUUCUUUGACUUGUGAUUCCUGGUAGGUGUGACACUACAUGGUGAAUAUUUUGUUUAUAAUUCUUCCAUUAACUUUCAGUAAGAACUAGAAAAUAAAUCCAGGGCUAGAAACUGGAUUCAACGUCCAGAUUUCAUGAACUCUGUUCUAUGGCAUCCCUCAAAGAACCCAUUGUAGCACCUUUAUUUUAAAGAGUAAAUCAGUUUUACUAACGAAUUGCUUUCCGUGAGCGAUUUCCCUUUUAUUUGCUGCUAGUCUGGAGAAUCACAUUUGGUGGGACACUGGAGAAAACAAGGGAACUACUGAUUACAAGCUUAAUUUGACCUGGAAUAGUGAUAUUCCCAGACAAAUUUGAAUUUACACUGAAAAUAAUUGGUAAGAGAAUAUAUUUUGUGAAAGAGUAUUUUUAUAUGGAUGUUUUAUUUAUAUUGUUUUUAUUUUCAGCUUAAUUUUUUUGCAACACCUCUCAACCUAGUCAUGCGGUAGUAAUGGAAUAAUGGGUGACAUUUACAUGGUUAUAUGUGAAUACCUGAAGAUGGUAGUGUCAUUAAAAUCAAGCAUAUGCAUUCCGCUGA